AUCACCCACAGGCGUUUGCUGAUUUCUCUGAAACGCCCGGAUGCCAAACAAGCAAUCGCCGAUAAGCAAUCCAUCACCUAUCGAACAAACUAUUGGUAUUUAUAUUAUCGGAAAUUGGAUUCAUAAAUCUGGGCUAACAAAAAAAAAAGAGGGAGAGGAGCUAGAGAGAUGGAUUAGUAUCAUUACCUCGGCCCAAUUUUGAAAGUUUUCGUAUUUGUUGUCCUCCCCCGUCAACAAAACGAUGGACCAAGGCGUCGCCGAUGAUGAUAGACCGAUGGCGGGAAUGAACAGGAAACCGUCCCCGGUAGGAGCAUCCACAUCACCUGAUUGGGUGAUGCUUGCCCGGCAGUAUCUAACGCUCGUGUUGAUAUCUCUAUUUCUCUCAAGCUGUCAUUUAGCAGGGAGCGAGCAAUGCUUUGCGACAGACACCACCAACGAUCUCGAAGCAUGGUCGGGAACCAUUCGGUCGGCCAACUUCGGCCUCGUGGCCUAUCCAAACAACGAAGAUUGCCGAUGGGUCAUUCGACUUUCACUCGGCUCACGGAUCUCUCUUCAGUUCAACCAUUUCGACUUGGAACCGCCAGGGAAUAUAUGCUUCGACUACAUUGAGAUUUUUGACGGCGGAAACACCAAUGCUCAAUCCGUCGGUCAAUUCUGCGGGACUACUCCCCCAGAAGAUAUACUGUCAUCAGGACACGAAUUGACCGUAGUAUUUCACUCGGACAACACGCAAGGAUUUCCAGGAUUUGAGAUGCAAUACACAGGAGUUUGUUCCGCCGUCUCGUUCCCCCUUGAAGCUGACGAGACCAUCACCAUCGAGUCCCCUCUCUAUCCAGCCGCUCCCCCGUCUCAACCGGCCUGCAGCUGGUCGCUUGAAGCACCUGAAGGACAUUACGUGGAAGCAGAAUUUACCGAUUUCCAACAGAGUAGUGAUUCGUGCGAUGAUACAGCGAUAGAGGUUUAUGAUGGAGAAGUCUCCCCCUCUGGUGUUUUGAUGACGGUUUGCCCCGAUGCAACAGCGCCACCUAAGUUGGUUUCGACCUCCAACACCUUGAUCGUUGUCUUUGGAAGCAGUCAAAGCACAACCUUCUUGUUCUCUAUCAGAGGUUCUGCAAGAGUCUUACCUUGCUCAUCCAAUCCUUGCCUAUAUGGCGGUUCCUGCUCAAACAAUCUACAACUGACCCCUCCUAUUUACCAGUGCACAUGCGCGGUGGCAUAUACGGGUGCGCAGUGCGAGACAGAGAUCAACGAGUGCGCACCCAUCAGCCCAUGCAGCGACAAUGCGCAAGACUGCAUCGAUCACGUGGGGAGUUUCGAAUGUGUAUGCAGUUCAGGAUUUACAGGUGUCUUAUGCGAAACAGAUAUCGACGAAUGUAGUAGACCAGAUGUUUGCUCAAACGGUGGCAUUUGUAUAAACACCGAAGGGUCUUUUGAAUGUCAGUGUGCCGGAGGUUUUACAGGACAAUUCUGUGAAACGGAUAUCAAUGAAUGCGAUGAGUACCCUUGUCAAAAUGGAGGAUCCUGUACGAACGAGCAAGGCAGCUUUUCAUGCCAGUGUACUGGAGGGUUUGAUGGAGACACAUGUGAACAAGAUAUCAAUGAAUGCGAUGGGUCCCCUUGUCAAAAUGGUGGAUCCUGCACUAACGAACAAGGGAGCUUUUCAUGCCAGUGUGCUGGAGGGUUUGAGGGAGACACAUGUGAACAAGAUAUCAAUGAAUGCGAUGAGUCCCCUUGUCAGAAUGGAGGAUCUUGUACGAACGAGCAAGGCAGCUUUUCAUGUCAGUGUGCUGGAGGGUUUGAGGGAGACACAUGUGAACAAGAUAUUAAUGAAUGCAAUGAGUAUCCUUGUCAGAAUGGCGGGUCUUGCACGAAUCAACAAGGCAGCUUUUCAUGUCAAUGUGCAGCGGGAUUCGAGGGUGACAUUUGUGAACAAGAUGUCAAUGAAUGCGAUGCAAAUCCUUGUCAAAAUGGUGGGACUUGCACCAACCAGCGUGGCAGCUUUUCAUGCUAUUGUGAUCUGGGAUUUGAGGGCCUAACGUGCAAUCAAGAUAUAGAUGAAUGUUCACAGUCUCCUACCAUAUGCCAGAACGGUGGUCAAUGCAUAAACUCUGAGGGGUCCUACAGAUGUCAAUGUCUUGCGUCCUUCACGGGGACGCACUGCCAGGAAGAUGUUGAUGAGUGUUCUAGCAAUCCCUGUGUUAAUGGAACUUGCUCUAAUAGUUUCGGUUCAUACCUCUGCCUUUGCGCAGAUGGCUUUGAAGGAAAGAACUGUGACAGCGAUGUGAACGAGUGCUUCUUAGCGCCAUGUCUAAACUGGGCAACCUGUGUUAACACUCCAGGGUCCUACUACUGUCAUUGCACGGAAGCCUACACAGGGAAGACUUGCAACAAGGAUGCGAAUGAGUGCGAGCUUGAGCCAUGCCUGAAUGGAGGUAGUUGCAUCAAUACAAUCGGAUCCUACCGAUGUGAAUGUCCGUUGUCAUUAACUGGGAAUAACUGUGAAGUGGAUGUCGAUGAAUGCCUCAUCAGCCCCUGCCAGAACGGUGGAAGUUGUACUAACAACUUUGGUUCGUAUACGUGCACUUGUCCAUCAUCUUACUUCGGUAAUAAUUGUCUCGGUGACGUCAAUGAAUGCGAUGCCGAUCCUUGUUUUAACAAUGGUACAUGCGUCAAUCUUGUUGGUUCAUAUCGAUGCGAGUGCUAUCCCCAAUUCACAGGACAACUUUGCGAAGAUGAUGCUGACGAAUGCCACGCACUCCCUUGCAAUAAUGGAGGUAUCUGUACAAAUACAUUUGGAUCCUACACCUGUGAGUGUACACCUUAUUACACAGGACAAAACUGCGAGAUCGACAUUGAUGAGUGCGAAAGCAGCCCAUGUCUUAACUGGGGAUCUUGCUCUAACAGCGUUGGUUCUUACGCCUGUACGUGCACUCUCUCAUACAGGGGUCGGCACUGCGACGAAGACGUUAACGAGUGUGAAAUCAAUCCCUGUUUAAACGGAGGGAAUUGUUCUAACAGCGUUGGUUCUUAUCAUUGUGAAUGCCACCGCUCUUACACCGGGCGACACUGUGGUGAUGACGUAAAUGAGUGUGAAAACAACCCCUGCAGAAACGGAGGAACUUGUUCCAAUUUUCACGGUUCUUUUCAUUGCCAGUGCAGUGACCUGUUUUCCGGCUCACUUUGCGAAGAAGACGUGAAUGAAUGUCUAAACACACCCUGUGGUAAUGGAGGAACUUGUCUAAACUUACACGGUGACUUUUCCUGUACCUGUCCAGACACUAUGACUGGAAAAACCUGCGAAAGCGAUGUUGAUGAAUGUGCGAUUCACACCCCUUGCGAGAAUGGCGCCACAUGCAUCAAUGAAGAUGGAGGGUACAGCUGCGCAUGCGCUCCUGGAUUUCAGGGAGACACUUGCUCACAAGACGUGGAUGAGUGUACCUUGACAACCCCGUGUCUGAACAAAGCUCGUUGUAUCAACAUCUUUGGUAGCUACUCGUGUGAAUGUGGGCGCAACUUCACUGGCAAAAAUUGUGCGAUCGAUAUCAACGAGUGUAUAGCAGAACCCUGUCGAAAUGGAGGAUCCUGUAUUAAUACGUACGGUGGUUUUGCAUGUGUCUGUGCUGGAGGGUUCCGGGGAACAUUUUGCAAUGAAGACGUCAACGAAUGUGAUAUCCCUGGGGGAUGUCAACACAGAAGUACAUGUAUUAACACAGAAGGCUCAUUUCGCUGCGAUUGCGCAGAUGGGUAUCAAGGACCGCUUUGUGAAGUCGACAUCGAUGACUGUGCAGAAUCACCAUGUAUAAACGGAGGGGCAUGUGUUGAUGGUAUCGACAGUUUCACCUGUGUCUGCUUACAAGGCUACUAUGGGGAGAGAUGUGAAAUAGUUGUGAGUGAAAACAUCAAAGAUUGCGAGGAAGGGCUAGAUUCGAUUAGUCGUCUGUACUGGAAUAGAACGACUGCUGGUAAAACGGCUGAGACCGCCUGUCCCCAGGGAACAACUGGGAUCGCUAGUCGUGUAUGUUCGGCUCUUACCGAUGUCACACCACCUCUUUCGUCUUGGGAUACACCUGACCUGUCACAAUGCAUUAAUCCUAAUUUCCUGACGGUCACCGAAAAGCUCGACGAGCUUGAAAAAAGACCAAACAUCACCGUCGACGAUGUCAUUGGCCUAGCCUCCCUUCUUUCGAAUUUGACGUCAUCGUCGAAGAAGAAUCAGUCGUCGACCGACGCCAAUGAGCUCCAUAUCGUACCCCAAGACAUAAUGAUCACCACCAAGGCUCUUAGCGCAGUGGCAGAUCUAUCGGCGGAGAUCGCCAAAAAUCUGACUGUUAAGGACAUUGAUGAUCUCACAAACGCAUUUGUCGACACCGUGGACCAUAUCCUGGAUGAUGCGAACCUUGGGGCGUGGAAGACCUCGGACGAUACCGACAUUGUGACUCAGCAGCUGACGUCAGUGGUUGCGUCUUCAGAAAACAUGGCCCUCAGCAUGGCUCAGGCUAGGAGGGCUCGGAGUCGAUUGGAUCAGGGAAAGGAUUCUGCACCCCAUGCUGCCAACCAGAGCCUGUCAUUCAAUAAGACAAAUAUAGAGUUCGAUGUCAUCUUCGUAGCGGACUCUGUGGACGAUGAACGCGUGAAGAGAACGUUCGUACGAUCAGGCGGUAGUCUCUCCAUCCCUCCGGAGGUCUUCCAGAUAGCCAAUCAGCAAAGCGAUGAUUCAGAUCAGUUAGCUAUAUACCGAGCUAGAUACCCAUCGCUUGCUUCAUUAUAUUCUGCCUUAGAAGAUGAAAGCAUAUCAAGAAUCAAUACUGAUGUGAUGGCGACCAAGAUCUUAGGUGUAGACGAGGCUUUCUUCGGGGAACUGACUGAACCUGUAGUAGGAAUCUACAAACAUCAAGAGAUUGGCGCCAAUUUGAACCCGAGUUGUGUAUUUCUUGAUCUCGAUCAAAAUUCUGGAGUACAGUCUGAUAUAUGGAAGGCUACUGGCUGUAAAGUCUACGCCAGCAAUAGAACCCAUACAACAUGCCACUGCAAUCAUCUCACAAACUUUGCAGUCAUCAUGGAUGUCCAUGGUGUUCAGGAUAGCCUGUCGAACGGCCAUGGGACUGCACUGUCUAUUCUAUCUCAGAUCGGUGGGUCCAUGUCUAUCGUAGGAUGUGUAACAUCCGUAGCAGUAUACGAAUUCUUCAGAUUGAAAUCGGACAGGAUUCGCGUACACGAGAAUCUAGGAGUGGCUAUUGCUAUUUCACAGUUUAUCUUCCUUGUAGGGAUGGAACGAACAGAUAUUAUGUGGUUAUGUAAAGCGGUAGCUAUUACUUUCCACUACUCUAUCACGGCCAUGUUCUGCUGGAUGCUGCUAGAGGGCGUUCACCUAUACGUCAUGCUAGUCAAGGUAUUUGGAUCAGGAAGCAAUGUCAAGAAAUACCUAUUAGCGGGAUGGGGAAUUCCUUUGGUUGUUGCUGGAGUGUCAGCUGGUGUCUUCUACAAAGAAUACGCAGUGGGAAAUGUAUGUUGGAUGUCUACCAGAGCCAUGCUUUUUUCCUUCAUACCAACGGUAGCCAUUGUGAUAAUGGUGAACACGGCUUUCUUGAUUAUGGUUCUUCAUGUGAUGAUGAGAUCAAUGUCGGCCAAGUAUAAGAGCAGAGUCUCAAGCAACACGUCACAAGUCAAGGCUGGAUUAAAAGCGGCCGCCAUCUUGUUACCUCUGCUUGGUCUCACGUGGGUGUUUGGAUUUUUGUCAGUAAAUGCUCGAACUCUCGUCUUCACUUAUCUUUUUGCCAUUCUCAACUCAUUUCAGGGACUGUUCUUCUUUAUCGCCCAUUGUAUUCUGAACAUGGAGGUGAGGAAAGCAUACGAGCGUCGAUACGGCAAGACCAAGGCGGGAAUGAUCAGUUCUACAGCCCUUUCGUCCGUCUCCAAUACUGCAAGCGGCAAGGGUGGUAACAGGAAUAUUUCGGGAAAGUCUAAGUCGACUUCUGGAUCAUCUUCUAAAAGCAAUGCAAAUGACACGGUGGCGCUUUGCAGGAAAAGCAGUGACGACUCGCAGGGCAUGGAUUGUCAUGAUAACCCGGUGAAAACGUCAAGCGUAGAUGAAACUAACCAUCUUAACAAUGGAUUAAGUACCAAUCAGGAUUCUACAAAGAAGAAACUAAGCCCUGACGGACCACUACAGCACAACGAAAUACAGUGCCUCGUGAAAGAUAGCGAAAAGAAUAUCAACCAAGGAAAGCAAAAUGGCGGACUGUCCAAGGAAGCUAAGGUGGCUAUGGAAAACAUGAUUUCAAAAUCUAAUGUCGCCUCGAACAAUGAGAAUAUUGCAUAGAAAGAAAGAACUUUAUUUAAUACUUACUUUUGAAACAAACGGCUUGAAGAAAGUAAUGUUAUUUGCUCUCAAUAUUUGAAUAUAUUUCGAUGUUCAGAUUAAAGAAAUAUGAAAUAUAUAAUAUUACACUAACUCAAUGCGACCUUCAGUUAAUCACAUUUUGCACAUGGAAACACUGUAUUUAUAAGUAGGACCACCCCAUCUACGCCAUCUACGUUAGAAGUACGCACAGGCUUGAGGCUGGUGUGAUGAUAAUUAAUAAAAGAGAAGUGUAAGGCUAUUAAACUCAUUUAAUAAGCAUGUGGAGUUCAACGAGAAUCCCAAUUGUACUGCCGUGUUGCUGUUUUAUCUGUGUUUUAUGAAAUAAGCAUACACAUUUAUCUACCUUUGUCCUUUAUAGAUACGAGUCUGAGUUUUCAAAUCAAGAUGUAAUAUAAUAAAAUUCUACGUAUUUCUGAACUUCUAAAAAUAAAGUGAAUGAUGCUCCAACUUAAAAAAAUAAAUUGUGCUGUAGGUAUGACUAGCUUCAUAAAUGAUUAAAUAAUUUUGAAAUUUGAUAUCGAUCAUGUAAAGUUAUAUUUUUAUAUCAACAUGUAAUUAUUGUUUGAUAAUUCUACUGGCGGGUAGCUACUGCGAACAGUAUGGCGAUCAAUUUGUAAAUAAACGACUUUGAAAAGGGCUCGAAUGUAGAUAUUAUGGGGGCGUUGCGUGGCUUCACAAAUAGCCAAACCUAUUUAGUUGAUGAUUUAUUGAUGUGGUUGUCAAACUAAAGGUCUCCCAUUUUUAGAACGUUCGUCGAUUUAUCUUGAAAAGAAUCUGUUUCCAUCUUUUAAAAACAAUUAUUUAAUGUGCCCUCAUCUAUUCCGUCCAUUAUACAUCGGUAGAUUUUGAAAAAUUAUAUAAACAUUGAAAGAACACAGAAAUAAGUUGAAAUGAAAUAAUUGUGUAUUUGUUAGAGAUAGAAAUAACGUGAAUGUUUGUACGAUGGAUAUUUAUGAUAAUGGUUUUGAUUGUUGUUUUCACAUUCGUUUCUGUAGUGUGCACAAAGGUUCGACAAUAUUUUCCUUGGAGACCACAUUCUCCGCAAUAUUUCAAAUCUAUUUCAAUUUUCUUCACAAAAAAGUCAUAGAUGUGCAGUGGCUACGUUCUCAAGGAUAGUCUGGUUUAGUAUUUUGAUUAUUUAAAUUGAAGACGCAGGCUAAACAUGGAUGUGUUUAUUUAUCAUACCACCACAUAAUGCUACGAAAAUAAUCGUCAUUGGUUCACACAAAAAACAAUUUGGACGAGGGAUCACUUUUCUAGCUUCUUUGCUAUCGUGUACUGAGAUGGAAAUUUCUGUCGGAAAAUAAAUUGGGUACUCUGAACACAUCUUUAUUCCCUUCCCUUAUUUUUUCGGAGAAAUAAAAACAAAGGAGAAGAAAAAGGGAUUAAAAAAUGUCAUAAUUCAAUCAAAGCCUUUGGUGGCUCCAUCGUGAAAAAAUAUUUCAUAAAAUCAACUAAUAUCAAAUUUGAAAUAUGAAACUCGCAUCUAACAUUGUAGCAUCAUUUGUUAAAUCUCAUAUUAAUCGAUUUUAUAUUGUGGAUCUUGAACUUGUGACACGUUUAAUUGCUCUAUUAUGAUGUCUAGCUAUUGUCUUAUUUAAAAAGUUGGUCCAGUAUUCUAAGAAUUGUUUUAGUUGAAUAAAACAAACAAUUUGAUCUUUUGUAUAGUCUCUCGUACUGAGAUUCAGAAAGGUUGGGGAAGCUCGUGAACUCAUCAUGAGGCACGCAAGAUGCAAUGUUGUAAUAAUUCUAGAUAGACUGUGGCAUAUUAAUGAUCAUAUAUCAGUAAAAUAAUAUAAAAUGAUAAUAACAAUUACACCCUUCUUGAAUUCAUAAAAAAUAUACUUCAGUAAAUUAAAAGAACAAAGAAAUUUAACAAUAAACCAAUUACCGAGGAACACUUUAUUUACAGAUAGCUGUUCCAUUUGGACAGAUGGUAAACACAGUAUAGGGUUUCGGAGAGCAGACAAAGUCAUUUGUUUGGAGACUGAAAGAACAUGAUACACCUAAAAAAAAAUGAUGGGCAUUAUUUUAGAUUGAAAUAACAACUCUACCAUGGUGAAUGAGCAUAUUUUCCCCGUGUGUUAGACUCGCUCAUAAUGUCUGAAUUAUACCCCAGUACACUGUAAAAAAUGAAGUGCUAAAUUAGCACUUACAGUGCUUGCAUAGUGACUGCACUACGAGUGCUGAUUUUUUAGUUCAAAUUUAAACUAGAAAAUUAGCACUCGUAGUGCAGUCACUAUACAAGCACUUUAAGUGCUAAAUUAGCACUUCAUUUUUUACAGUGUAGUUUCUGAAGCAAACUGACCAGUAUGUAAUUAUAUUGGACCCUUUUUAAGAAUCUCGUGGUACGUAACCCCAAAUAAAAUCGACCUUUUAAUGGUAGUUGCCGUGGUUACCGCAACAGCAAGUCUUUAUGAAAUGGGCGCCUAAAUUCUUUUGAUGCGUCCCAACAUAUAUUUCGUCAUAUUCAAUAAAUGUGAACUUUGUGCAAUAA